AUGGCCUUCAACUUCAACUGGUCGCCGCUGACCGCGGACGCGAAUUUUUACACUCGCGCCCAGGACCUUCUCACGGCGGCUCUCAAUAAGUCGCCAAAGCCUCCAAUCAUCGUUGACGAUAUCAUCGUUACAGAACUCAAUCUCGGUUCUAUUCCACCAGAGUUGGAGAUAUUGGAGGUGGGGGAUUUAGCGGAAGACCGGUUUCGCGGCAUCUUCAAAAUGUCUUAUUCCGGAGACGCCUUCCUGACCCUCAAGACUCGAGUCCAAGCGAAUCCUCUCAACACCUAUCUUCUGACAAGACCGUCGUUUGCGUCGCCGUUGCCGUUAGCCGCAGCGACGCCUCUCACCAUUCCUCUACAAAUAACCCUAUCCGAUUUCAAACUUUCAGGCUUCGUCGUCUUGGUAUUCUCAAAACAGAAAGGGAUCACGGUAGUGUUUCGGAAUGAUCCUUUGGAGUCGCUCAAGGUCUCUUCGACAUUCGACUCGAUCCCGUUCGUCCGAGACUUUCUCCAGAAGGAGAUAGAAGCGCAACUUCGAAUACUGUUCAUGGACGAGCUCCCCGCUAUAAUCCAUCGCCUAUCUCUCCGCUUAUGGGUCCCAGAAUAUCGCGAUGGAGAGCAAUUGGAGACUCAAGAUACCGCUUCUAGAACAGAAGGGCCCGGUCAAGAUCCGUUGGCUAGCCCUCCGCAGGAUCCAGUGGACGCUUUAGGAAAUGCUCUGAACGAAUCCGAUAUUGCGUCGCUCUCUCUUGAAUCUUCAGUCGAAACACAUUCUUUAUUCUCACAAAAGAACCUCUUGCGUCUUGCUGCCCUUACUGAUUCUCAGCGGACGUUGUCGCUUUUCACACCUUCAAUCCGAGAAGUCGUAUAUCGCGCAUGGACAUCUCCGACUGAUUCCGGCGAGGCUACUGCGGGCGUGAUUUCUCCAGCGAGCCCAGCGCUUUCUAGGACCCAUUCCCAGGUCGGCAAUAUAUCCUCGUUCCCGGAUACCGCCAGUAUGGUAUCAUCGCAAACCCGCUCUACGACUUCGACACAUAGCUUCAGCAGCUACGGUCUGAACACCGGAUCUAGCCGCUCCAAGGUGCAUUCUAGGAAGCGAAAGAAGCGUGUUGUCGACCUGCGACGUCCUAAGACAACCGACGAUGCCGCGAGUGUCAGCGAUGAGAGUGCCUUCACCGAAUCCACCAGUGCGCCAUCUGUUUAUUCAGCGCCCCUACCUAUCGUGAGGGAGCAGCCAGAUGACCCGGUAACACCACCUCUUUCGCCAGAAACUGGACUGCACCUCCCGCCCGUUCCAGAACGGCACCGUCUCAGUACCUCUCGACCCGGUAUUCGCCGAGGCGCCGAUGCUUUUGUGCAAUCUGGGGAGUCUUCGUCUUCUGCACGUCGCAGAUCCGAUGUCGACGUGGACGCCACUCCGCGAGGAACGAUGCGCUCUCAUGUUGCCAUGACACGCUGCUCUGAGAAACCUGAACCCGAGGCACCGCAGCAGUUGCCGUCUACAAUACUUCCGUUCGCUGAUGAGAAAGCGAGUUCGAAUCUCGUCGAUCAAGCAUUAGUUGAGAGACUAGCCGGAGAAAUUGCGCGCCGCAUGCGAGACGAGAAAAUGCCAGGCUCUAGCACGUGCACUCCGUUCUGGGACCGACUGAACCAUGAUGAGGCUCCGCCUCCGGCCUAUGGCCACUGAUGCUGCUGCUGCAGCAUCCUGUAUUAUGUUUGAGCGCUUAUCCGCACUGGCAGGGAUUGUUGCUGCCGUUCACUCUCUCCGCUUCCCUUUUUUUUUUCUUCUCCAACCUCCGGCGGGUCUGGAGUAUUUAACGAACGAUACGAACUUAUUUGUUUUUAAUUAUUCCAUAUGGUCGAGCUUGGGACCUCUGGUUUGUUUUGGAGCGUUUGGAUUUUUGAGGUCUGGGCUUGCACCGUUAAAAAUAUCUGGCGUUAUGCUUCGUUUGCGGAGUUGUUUUCUUUGCAGAUACCAUCUCUCUCACUAAUCCACCAUUGUUCUGCCUUUUCCUCUACGUGUCUAUUUUCUUGAUUUCGUCGCCUGUCGGAGGUUUCCGGUAGUUCUAGGUGGUAUAGUUUGCGUUAUGAGGGGUAAGCAAACUUGAGAACACUGUUCCGCUUGGCCUGCAUG